AUGGAGAAUACACGUCCUUCAACACCACCGCCUCCAGCAGGCGGAGCUCCGAAGAGCCAACUAACCCCAGAGCAACUGAAACGAAUCGAAAUCAACCGCAUGAAAGCCAAAGCCCUCCGUGAACAACGCGAGGCCGAGCGCGCCUCCGCUGCCGCUGCCGCAGGCCCAACGAAGGGCGUCAAGCGGACAUUCUCCGCCCUCACAGCCUCCGAAACGCCCGCGACACUCCGCGAUGCGAACAAUGCCUCAUCGGGGGGCACCGGCCCGCUCAACUCGAUCAAACCCGCGCGCAACUUUGCCAAAUUCGUCGAGUAUGACUUUAGCAAGAUGACGGAUACAAAGGGUGGAUUUUUGACCGAGGAAGACGACCCAUUCAACAAGGCGCUGCACGUAAAGGACGGUGGAGAGGAGAAGCCCGCGAAUAUGACGCAAAAGGAGUGGGAGAGGAAGCAGUUGUUGGAUGCGUUGCGGCGGGACCGCGCGGGGCCAUUUGAGCCGGGGAUUAGUGUGUUGGAUGAUAAAAGCGAGCAGAAGCGGUGUCGCGAGUGCGGGAGUUUGGAGAUUGAUUGGAAGUGGGAGGCCGAGUUGAAGUGUUCCAUUUGUCAUGGGUGUAAGGAUAAGUUUCCGGAGAGGUAUAGUCUUCUGACGAAGACGGAGGCCAAGGAGGAUUAUCUUUUGACGGAUCCCGAACUCCGCGACGAAGAACUUCUCCCGCAUCUCGAACGACCAAACCCUCACAAAGCAACCUGGAACAACAUGAUGCUCUAUCUCCGAUACCAAGUCGAAGAGUACGCUUUCUCCCCCAAGAAAUGGGGUUCACCAGAGGCUCUCGACGCCGAAUUCGAAAAGCGAGAAAACGAAAAGAAACGCCGGCGAGAAGUAAAAUUCAAGUCCAAGCUGGAAGACUUGAAGAAGCGGACGCGCGUCGAGGCGUACCGGCGCAGUAGACAGGGAGCCACUGGGGGAAGCUUCGGUGAUGAGAUUGGGAAGGCUGGAAGACAUGUACAUCAAUGGGGUAGAUCGAUUAUGGACCCUGAGACGGGGAUCGGGACGAAGAAGUGUGUGGACUGUGGGAUGGAGGUAGAAGAGUUGGAAUUCUAG